AUGUUUCAGUUCGCCAGGUUGUCUCUUGCCUGCCCAUGGAUUCAGCAGCAGUUCAAAAGGUUAACCUAUUCCGGAAUCUCCGGAUCUACGCUUAUUUUCAACUCCCCGAAGCAUUUUCGUCGCUUACUACGCUCUUCCUCGUCUCUGGGUGCCUUGGUAUCCACCGUAAGCCUUUCCUCGUUUGAACCUCGCCCUUCACUUCAACUCAUACAUACUACUUUUUUACUUCCAGGAGAUCAGAUUUUGACCCAAGAACACAGCAAAACCGGUGAUCGAUCGUCUGGGUAUCAGGGUAUCCAAACCAAUCAGAGUCUGCAAAGCUUUUAA